AUGGAGCACAAGGUGGCCCCUGCUCUCUGCAGGGCUACGGAGAGGCAGAACUCGGGGUGCUGCGAGGCCCCAAAGAAACUGGGCCUGUCCUUCUCCAUCGAGGAGAUCUUAAAGAGGCCUGCCGAGAGGAGCGGCAGGGUCCUACAGGAAGGGGCAAGUGGACCCGGCACUGGGAAGGCAGCAGUUGCAGACUCCAGGCCGGAGAAGCCCUGCCAGGACCAGCCCCACGGAGAGAGGAAGAGCAAGCGGAGGGUCCGGACCACCUUUACCACAGAGCAGCUCUGUGAGCUGGAGAAGACCUUCCACUUCACCCACUACCCAGACAUCCACGUCCGCACCCAGCUGGCAGCCAGGAUCAACCUCCCAGAAGCCCGGGUGCAGAUCUGGUUCCAGAAUCAGCGAGCCAAGUGGCGGAAGCAGGAGAGGACGGGCGGCCCUCGGGCUCCACAGCAGCUGAGUGAGGCCAGCUUGGCCCCCGCCACAAAUCUGGAUGUGGCCGGUCCCCUGCUGCCGCCCCCUGCACUGCCCAGGCUGGCUCCUCCCGCGGGGUGCUAUCCACCAGCUCGAGGUCAGCCAGCCCCUGCCUGGUUCCCUGCCUGGACGCCACCUCUCCCGGGCCGCCUCAUCCAGCAGACCUGCGUCCCGGUCCUCUGCUUCCCUCCCCCUCCGCACCCGAAGUGGGGCAGCGUCUGUGCCACUUCAACAUAGGGACCAGACGGACACCCUGUCUGCA